AUUUUAGUAAAGCACCCCCCCCCCCCGUUGGCACAUCACAGUUGGCACGGUCCAGUGGGAAGCCUCCGCUCCUACAUCAUAACUGGUGAGAGGUCUCAUCAUGCCUGAGAGAAUGGGGGUGUUUAUGUGCCAGGAAACGCUGUGGGCUGAAGAAGUUGCGGCCAGUUGUGAGGAGAGCAGCUGUUACCUCGCAUCCACACAGAAACCAUGUUUAUUUCCCAGGAACAGCUGCCCUCAUUGGCACGCAGCGAGGUAGCGCUUCCCCCUCGAUCUACCUCACCCACUUUGGGUCGAACUUGAGCAGCUCCGGCCAUGAAGCACAGGGAGAUGCCUCAGGCAGAUAAUAGACCGUCCGGAUCGACAUUGCCAGGCUCUUCCUGCAGUGCGCGUUCCCUCCUUUACCCUCUCUAGGCAAUUCGGCUCAGCGCAGGGCACCACUGCCACUCACUGAAGGACCCUACCGCUGGGAGCUAUUGGCUGCGUCCCCUUGAGCUCCGCUUCUGAUUGGGCUAGCGCGCUGUCGGUAAACAAGCUCCCGCCCCUUGAAAUAGUAGGUUAGUGUUUACCGCGGUGCAGCGCAGGACCCGCGAAGCGCAGAGCCCGUCCCCGGGUGAGCAGAGAGAGCACAGUACCAGCCGCACAAUGGAUAUGAAGAAGAGGAUCCACCUGGAGCUGCGCAACAGGACGCCGGCCGAUGUAAAAGAGCUUGUCCUGGAUAACUGUCGGUCAAAGGAAGGAAAAAUCGAAGGUCUGACGGAUGAAUUUGAAGGACUGGAAUUUCUGAGCACAAUAAAUGUCUGCCUUAACUCAAUUGCCAACUUACCAAAAUUAAACAAACUGAAAAAGCUGGAGUUGAGCGAUAACAACAUCUCGGGUGGACUGGAAGUAUUGGCAGAAAAAUGUCCAAACCUCACACACCUCAACCUAAGUGGGAACAGGAUAAAGGACCUGAGCACAGUAGAACCUCUGAAAAAGCUAGAGCAUCUAAAGAGCUUGGAUCUAUUUAACUGUGAGGUUACCAACCUCAAUGACUAUAGAGAAAAUGUAUUCAAGCUCCUUCCCCAACUCACUUAUCUUGAUGGGUACGACAGAGAUGACAAAGAAGCGCCUGAUUCUGAUGCUGAAGGUUAUGUAGAGGGCUUGGACGAUGACGAGGACGAUGAAGAUGAAGACGAUUAUGAUGAGGAUGCACCGCCAGGCGAAGAAGGUGAAGACGAUGAGGAUGAGGAGGAAGGGGAGGAAGAGGAAGUGAGCGGAGAGGAAGAGGAGGAUGAGGACGCUUCCAAAAAAGGGGAUGAAGAUGAAGCUGAUGAAGAAGCCGAACAUGGGGAAAAGAGAAAGCGAGACCAGGACGAUGACGGGGAAGAUGAUGACUAAUCAAAAACUGUAUGGAAAUGAAAGAAUGGAGGACUGAGACAAAUUUUGAUAAAGAAAAAAAGGAGGACUGAACCCUAAAAUCCUUUCUAAAUUUUUUGUUGUAAUUUGACUGUUUUUACCAUGAAUUUCCCUAUUUUUUGUUUUUUAUUUUCAUUGUAAGGUUCCUUUAAGCUGGACAGAUACUGAAAAUGGAGGAUCGCACCUUGUAUUCCUACUGUUGCUCUUGCAGCUCUUGCAACUUGUUCUUCAGCUUUUCUUUAGCAGAUUCUGUGCAGUGGGACUACUAUCACUAAUGUGUUUGAAUUAGUUUAAUGUCACUGUUUUUUUUAUUUUUGUUAGUAAAAGAAGUCUUAACAUUUUUACUUCACUAGCAGUUGGUUUGCAGCAGGCCCAGUGGCAGCACCAAAAUGAUGGUUCUCCAAAUGAGCAUUUGAAUCUGCCAUGUGUUACCCUGUGGCAUACUACUGCAGAGCCAUUUCCAGUCUAUUCAUUAAACUAAGACUGUAACAAACCAGGCACCUACAUUUCCCAAUAGUUCUGUUCAAGAACAUACAAUGUGCACCCAACACUAACAUUUUGAGAUACAGAAAAUAUCUGUGCUCUCAUUGGUGCUGAGCAAGGAACACUUAACAACUGAUCACAAGUGGGAUACAUAUACAGAUUAAAGGACUGGCUUUUCCAGCAGGGCAUUGUCACAUCUUAGCAAUACUUAAUCUUAAUAUACAUGUUAGUAAAGCCAAUCCAGCAUUCUGCCAUAUUCAUGAUAAUUUGCUCACACGGUGCACUAUUUCUUUAGAAUCUUUGAAGAAAGCACUACAGAAACAUCUACACAUAUUCAACAGAAAAUAUUAAGUGUAUGAAGAAUAUUCCAUCACCAUAUACAAGUUUUACCGAACACUUCUAGAAAACAAAUGUGAAAGUAAGCCAUGCUUAUAAAUAAGGGUUUAUUUUCCCUUUAAAAUGUAUCCUCAAAAAUAUCUGUAAUGCAUUAUAACCUUGUAUGUUUAUGUGAGAGUGUUUUUGUAGAUUCCUGCAGAAGAGACUAUUCUAGUUUUGUUUAGCAGCUGCCUACAAGCAGCAGUGUGUGUUGUUCACUGUAUAAAAACACAGAUUAGCAGAUAACAUCACAUAGCUCGAGGCUUUCCUUGAUUAGCUAGUUCUUAUUAUGCUAGAUGUCUGUUCCCGUGAAUCAAAAGUGUGUAUUAAAGGAAGCUGAGGGGUAACGAUGUAGACAAGGGUUAUCUGGGAUGAUCUGUAUGCCCUGCCUACAAAAUACGUGAUUUUAAGAGAGUUUCCCCUUUAAAGGGGAUGUAAAGUCUUCCUGUUGAGUUAAGAGGUGCUGAUAAAAACCCUAUAAACAAGCACAUUUGCAAUAUAUACUUUGCUUUAUUCUUACUGUUGUGAAGAUAAAGGAACCGGUAAAAGGGAGCCUCAUUCAGCCCUACUUCAGCUCUUCUAGUCACCGGCUUUCGCUAUCUCUCACUGCAGCCAGAGCCAAUCCGAACAGAGAAUGUAUGAGCUAGCUUGCCUGUGAUUGGCUGCUGCUGCACACACGUGCCUGAGCAGUAGGAGAGGGAUUGGGUUACAGCUAGGGUUGCCACCUGGCCGGUAUUUUACCGGCCUAAAAAAAACCCUUAAUUCCUUUAAAAAGACCCCUCGGCCCACCUCCAAUCUCCUGGAAACUUAACUUGUUUGCUGUCUUGAAAUCUCUGUGCCAUGGUCCCGCCCCCCUUUAACAUCAUGGCUGCCCCUUUUGACAUCACACUCCGCCCCUUUUUGUUCCCGCCCCCCCCCAACAACCGGUAAAAAAUUUAGGAAAAGGUGGCAAGCCUAGUUACAGCAGAAAUGAAGCAAGCAGCUGCCUGUGGCUGCAGAAAACAGACUGAUUAUUUCUCCUAGUCAAGUCAAGUUGGGGGACAGUGGUGUAUAGCUGGUACCACUAGGAGGCAGGACACAACAAUAAAAAAGGAAAACAUGUAUAUUAGAAAGUUGCUUGAUUCUAUUAGAAUCCCUUAACUUAAUUGGAAGGCCUUACAUCCCCCUUAAUGGGAGUAGGUGGCCGGAGUCCAUUUUCAGGAUAGAUUCUGAGAACAAGUACAGGUAUAUUAUAAGAUUUGUUAUCAGGAAACUCAUCUAGAAUGCCCUGAAUUACGGCAAGGCCAUCUCCCAUAGUCUCCAUUUUAAUCAAAUAAUUCACAUUUUUAAAAAUGAUUUCCUUUUUCUCAGUAAUAAAAUGGUACCUCGUACUUGAUCCCAACUAAGGUCCCAACUAAGGUGGAAUUAAUCCUUAUUGGAGGCAACACAAUCCAACUGGGUUUAUGUUCAAAUGUUUUUAAUUAGACUUAAGGUAUUGGUGAUCCAAACUAUAAAAAAACCUGGGUUCUGAGCAUUUUGAAUAACAGGUAACAUACCUGAAAUUACAUGAGCAUUUUAUUUUGCCUAUAUUAAUUUAAGCAUCGGGCUUUAGUAACAGAUGAUGUUAAUAAACCAAGUUUUUAUACUCUGUGUAUGAAGUGGCUGGUAACUCAUUAGCACUAAUCAACCGCACAAACAGGAUAGACGUAAUGAUUAUUUUCUAUAGUUGAAGAAAUGGCAUUUAGUAGGAGGGAUAGGCCACUAUGGACCCAUAAAAAUGAAAUGAUUGGGCUAAAAUAAAGUUACCCUUGGUCUCACCUUGCAAUGCCAGGAUACAAAUUCACUACUUUAGAAAUGCAUUGUGUGUUUUGAAUAUAACUUCAGUCACUUCUGAGUAUGGCAUUCGAUUCGAGAUUUGGAUUUGUCACUGUAUUGAGGUUCUUUCCAGUUCACCAAGGCUUCUGUGGUUUUUAUAGAACUUGUUUCUUAUUUAGGAGUGACUCUUUAUGCCCUCUAUAUAAAUUAGCAGAUUAUAAUCGGCUUCCGUUUUGACAGGAGAGCCACACACUGCAGUUUGUCAUUGGUAAAUUUCAAUAAAAACUUUUUUUUGUACAA